AUGGACGACAUCACCGAGGCUAGGCAGCUAUUAGCGGUCAAGCUGCGACAGCUGCACGACUAUCAGUUCGAGAGCUGCGUCGACCCACACCGUGGCUCGCUCGACGAUGUCUACACGGAGGAGCAGUUCCGCAUUCUUGUUUCAGACAUCCUGCCGCACUGGGCCAAGGUGUACUUCGGGUUGUCGAUGGCGUACCCCAGUCUGACGCUGUGGAAGGCCUUGGCUGUGAGGGUGAUGAUUCUGAUGGCGCAUCACAUGCUGGGCAGGGGGAUCAGCAUCCGUACGAUCCGCUACUGCAACAUGUUCACUCACGUCCUUCUGCCCAUCACGAACAGCCCGGGGGAAUCGUCGAUCAUCGUUCUCGUGGUCGCCUAUCGCAAUUCGAAGACCGUCAAAGACAACAAGCUCGGCCACUUGUACCUGACUCGACACAUGGACUUCCAGCAGUGCGGCUUUGGAGCAGUUUUCCUCUGGCUACACUUCCUUUUCGACCUCGUGCCGCUCUACUACAACAACGAGAAUAUCGUGCCCCCCUUGGAUUUUUCAAACCCGGAGGCCUGGUCGAAGAAAUACGUGUUCUUCGCCCUCUUCGACAAAGAGAAGACAGAGAUGCCGUACCCGACGCACAACAAAUGGGUGACAUGGGCGAUGAAUAGCGCGGUGUGGAUCCUGUCGAAAGUCACGCACAUAUUUCGACGGUCUGCGGCACAGAUCCUCGCGGACAAGAACUUAGACCUCGAUUCCAUCGCACAGCUGGGUCAAUGGGACAUGAACGAGAUGCGCAGGUCAUACGUCACAGGCAUCCCGCACCCGGCCAUCCAGAUGCAAGCGGAUUUCUCGCAGGAACCGGGCGACUAUUACAUCGGAAGAUCGAAGACUAAAGUGCCCCCGAAGGUCGUGAAGGCUAUCGAGGAGCACAUCUUUCCUAAGGCGGAGCUUUGGCUCAUCGAGAUGUCGGGUUUGUGCAAGGACGAAGAUUUCCAAAAAUGGGCGCUCGACGUGUACACGCUCGACAAGUACGGCAUCGAGAUGCGGACCAACACCACGAUGUCGAGAGCGACGGACGUAUCCUCUCACCUCAACACCAAGCAUCUCGUCACGCAACUUCGGGCCGAGAUAAACCUCCACAAGGAGGAGGGAGGGAAAAGGGAAAUCCAGAUCAACCACCUCGAGAAGCAGGUCGAGUCAUUGGAGCGGGAGAAAAGCUCGAUGAAAGCUGAGUUGGAGGCGAAGACAGAUGCGUUCGCGCAACUACAGAAAGCGUUCGACGCAUUGAAUAAUACCGCGGCGACAAGCGCAGCUGCAAAUGUGGGGGAGAGCGAGAGCGUGCCGCAGACGGCAACCGAGGAAGCCAUCCCGGAUCCACAGCAAGCCCAACAAGCAACGCCCUCUCGACAGAGCGUGGGCAGCCAGCUCGACCAGACGUUCUUCGACGCGGUGGUGUGGCCGUGGUGCAAUUGCGAGACCGUGCGGAAGGCGUGGUCGUACUGGGACGGGGCAAAUCCACUGAACAACGGGCAUAGUCUUCGACAGGCUUACAAGAGGGGCUUUGCCGUCAAGUUCUGCAAGUUCACACCGACUCCACCCCCCGUAACCCCCGAAAAGGAGGCCCAGCCAAAAGAAAAUCCACCAACCGCAAAAGCUAUCGAGACGAAAAUGCGGAAAAUGGAGGCUGUCAUGAAGGCCGUCGAGCAUUUCCGGAUCGACGACAGCAGCGCGGCUACGUCGACGGUCAUCGAAAAGCUGGACUCAAUUGUGAAGGGCCACUCGAUCAACAUGCUUUCAGAGGGCAUCGUUCUCAAGGAGGAUUCUGGGAGGCAGCUCACGAAAAAGCGCAAAGUCGAGUCUGCAGAGGAAAACCGGAAGGACAAACAACGCCUCAGAAUCACUCUGGAGCUCAUUCGCGUCGAGCUCCGAACCGCAGAAUGGGCGGAGAAGGUGUUCGGCAAGGAGAAAUGGAAAGAAUUCACGGUAAGUACUGGCGCGCGGCCUAGUUCGAGGCGGCCUAGUUCGACGAGCAACCGUGACGAGGGGGGACCCUAG